GGGCGAAUUCUCUUUCAUGAAACCCCAGUCGUCUACCUUCCAGAACAUACCACCAGCUUCAUUUUGUCCCUACGAUAUUCUCCCCGUGGCAUUUGUAAAUCGAGAGAGCCGAGCCAAAACUUUGAAGCAUUAUCUUACACUUUACCAAGCACGUUGCAGUUACCAAAACAAAACAUCUUCGAGUGACACUCAAGCAGAGGAGCCAAGAUCCAAUGAAGAAUACCUGAUUGGUGCAACAGACUUGCUAUUACCACAUGUAAUGUACUUCAACCCGAAAAUUGACUAUCUCACCAUCGUCUACCCAGAUUUUAAGGUUGGCUCUUGCGAGAUUCUCGCUAUAUUUCCACUUUACAACCAGGAAGCUGCGAGAUUUCUCGGUAGUAUUCGCGAAGUCAAGGUAUAUCACGUAAGAUUAGAGAGUAGCAGGCUUCGCUUUAAGAUUAACAUGCGUGCUCUGUUCGAUAUGCUUAUGUGCUUCAAAAGUCUUCAACAUGUUGAUAUGAUUUUUCAGCCGGGCGAAACAUAUCAGGUCGACUACACAUCACGUACAAACUAUCUUGUAAAAAAUAUGGAGAAGCAGUGGAUUGAAUCAUCAAACCUGGACUUCGCAUGGGGAACGGAGGGUGAUGGUGGCGUAUAUCUUGAGAUGCGAUGAAAGAGGAACCCAGUGGGGUGGCAACGUGGAGAGAGCAUGAGAUCUAUUUUACUUAUUGAUAUAUUUGUAUGAAAUUAAAAUCUACAUGAUAAAACGGUUUGUCA